AUGGUGCACUUAAAAUUGAAAAUGGUUCUAUCCGUGUUUGGAGUAUGGGACUAUAUCAUCAUGGUUGCGACAAUGUUGGUAUCUGUUAUGAUCGGCCUGUACUUCCGGUUCAGCGGUGGGAAACAAAAGACUAACGAUGAGUACCUUCUGGCGGACCGCAACAUGUCGAUAUUGCCAGUAGCCGUAUCCUUAGUCGCGUCGUUCAUGUCAGCGAUAACACUAAUGGGAGUAUCUUCAGAGAACUACUAUUACGGCAUGAUAUUCUUCAUUGUAAAUGGAGCGUAUGGACUGGCGACCCCCAUUGCGUCACAUCUCUACCUGCCCGUAUUUUUUGGCCUGCAGAAGACAAGUACAUACGAGUACUUGGAAUUACGUUUCGGCCCGAAUAUACGAAUGCUGGCGUCUCUUACUUACACCCUGCAAAUGAUUCUUUACAAUGGCAUCGUUUUAUAUGCCCCAGCGAUUGCUUUAGAAGCUGUUACGGGCUUGGACAGAUUGAUUUCGAUUCUAGUAGUCGGUUUAGCUUGCACCUUCUACUCCGCGUUGGGAGGAAUGAAAGCUGUACUAUUCACGGACUUGCUGCAGAUGUUUUUGAUGUUUGCCGCUGUAUUGAGCAUCCCGAUAUUUGCAGCUAUACAACUUGGGGGAUUAAAUAAUAUAUUUUCUAUAGCUAACGAACGCGGGAGAUUGGAUUUCUCUAACUUUAGUAUCGACCCAACAGAAAGACAUACCAUAUGGUCACUAUGUAUUGGAGGUCUAUUCACAUAUCUAUCGCUGUACGCAGUUAAUCAUACGCAAGUACAGCGACUUAUGACUGUGAGCACUUUAUCGCGGUCUCAAGCAUGUCUUUGGUGGAGUUGGCCCGUGACUGUUCUGCUUAGUUUUGUCACUUGUUUAAGUGGAUUGGCUAUGUACGCCGUUUACAAGGACUGCGACCCGUUCAGCAGUCAUAAAAUUUCUGCGAUAGAUCAGCUGAUGCCUUACUACGUGGUGGAUGCAAUGCGCUCAGUACCAGGCCUCGCUGGCUUGUUCGUGGCUGGUAUCUUCAGUGCUUCUCUAUCUACUAUAUCUGCCUCCUGCAAUGCUCUUGCAGCUGUCACACUUAGCGAUUAUGUUAGCAGGUGGUUCAAAAUCCGUGAGAGCUAUUUGUCGUGGUUAACGAAAUUGGCAGCGUUUGGGUAUGGGCUGCUGUUUCUAGUUUUGGCUUUCCUAGCACAGUAUUUGGGUGGCGUACUUCAAGCAGCUCUGACGAUAUUCGGAGCCGUUGGUGGACCACUCUUGGGUGUUUUUACUUUGGGAAUGUUUACCACAUAUGCUACUGAAAUGGGUGCAUCUUUAUCUUUAAUAAGCGGCUUAGCUAUGACGCUAUGGAUAAGCUUCGGCGGUCCGCGGCCCGCACCAAUCAAACUACCCCUCAGCAUCGAUGGUUGCUCCAAUAUGACUAUUCCAAUGGCUUUAACCUCUAAUCCAAGUGAAUAUUUUUAUUUGUACAGAAUAUCCUAUAUGUGGACAAGUCCGAUUGGAUUCUUUUGGGUAUUUAUAGUGGGUUCUAUAAUAUCCUUAGUGUGGCGUCAGAAACAAGCUUGGGAGAAAGCUGGACGCUUAUAUCCUGACCCUAAGCUAUUCAGCCCACCACUCGCGAGAUGGCUCAGAAAUAAGUAUCAAAUAAAAGAAAGCGCACAGAUGGGUCCAAGCCUUGCAUUAAAUUAA